AUGGUUGAUCUUCCUCAUAUGGUUGCUAUGACUCUGAUCAAGGCGAAAGUACUUCAAGUACUGUUCACAAAGGUGGGAUCUCCUGAUGGAAGUACUGCCCCAAAUCUGGGAUUCGGACUUGAAUCUUCGACCAUCGCCAAAAAUCCCAAUGUCGUCAACUGUGGCGAUAAAUGGCUCGAAAUCGUCAAGCUCAAGGCUCAGAUUCGCGCUUUGUACAAGGCCGUCCAAAAAUUGAAUCCCCACUUUUGGCCGGCCCUUGUGAACCCAGAUGAGCACCUGAAUGCCAAACCCAUGAUGUUUUCAAUCGGGAGUGUGGAGCAGAUGCAGAUGACCUUGAACUUGACCUAUGAAGCAUGGCACGAGGCUCCCGGGGCCAUUGUUGUCAUUGAGCUGGCUAUCGAGGGUAAACUUUGA